UUCCAUAAACACGUCCUUUUUCGCUUAAUAAGCGUAAACAUUUCUCACUUAUACCCAACAUCUAAAAUAAUUAUAAUCUUUCCGUUUUUAUAGAAAAACUUACGUUUAGCACCCAUUACAAGAUGUCAUGUGCUUUGACAUUUAAAAAUUGAGGUUAUAUUUAAACGUCAACUAAGUGUCAAAUAGCAAAGUGAGGUUAAUAAUGAAAAUUAAUUAUAAUAAAAAUGGUUUUUUUAAGUAAUGAAGGCAUUUUAAGGAUUUCCUUUAACGAAUCCAUCAAGUAUGACAAACCAAAUCGGAUUUAUCCCUUUGAAAAUAGUCCAAUUUACGAAUCAAUAAUCACCGAUUGUGCUAAAUUAACUAAAGGAGACGAUGUUAAAGACAUCUACGAAAUAAUGAUAUCUUUGUCGGAAGAAAUCAAGCAUGAUUCCGAACCAGGAGAUACAAUUGCAAUUCUUCCAAAGAAUAACGAAAAAGAAAUCGAUGAAAUCUUAGAAAUAUUGGGUUAUAAAGAUAAUAUUAACGACGAUUGUUAUUUCUAUGUUUUAAAUGAAAAGAAACGAAAACUUUUUGCUCAUUUACCAUUAAAAAGUACUUUAAGAAAUGUUUUCUUAGAAAAUGUUGAUGUACGGAGUCCAUUUAAAAAGACUUUUUUAAAAAAAUUAUCUAGUUAUUCCACUUCGAACGAUAAAAAGCUCCUUGAAGAUUUAUCAUCACCUAAAUCUGAGAAUUAUUUAAAUUUCGUUGAAGAAAAUAACUCACUUUUGUGCUUUCUAAAAAAAUUUUCUUCAUGCAAACCUCCAAUUGAUGUUAUUUUAGAAAAUUUGCAUCCACUACAACCCAGAAUUUACUCCAUAGCUUCAUCACCAUUAAUAAAAAACCAAUUAAAAUUAAUUUUUUCUGUUAUAAUUAAUGAAAAUUCCCAUCUCAAAGGUGUUUGUAGCAGUUAUUUAGAAAAAACCGCGUUAAUUAAUGGCUCAAUAAACUUUUAUUUUCGAAAACCAUCGUUUCGAAUUCAAUUACAAACGAAUCCAGUUAUUAUGAUUGGUCCAGGGACGGGUUUGGCUCCAUUUUUAAGCUUUUUAGAAACGUUGAACCUUAAAAACAUCGAAAAUUCAGAUUGUUGGUUAUUUUAUGGGUGUCGAUACAACAAUAGAGACUUUUUAUACGAAGCCAAAUUAAAGAAGUACUUAAAUGAUGGAGUUUUGAAGAAAUUAUCAGUGGCUUUUUCGAGAGAAUCAAAAAAAGGGAAAAUCUAUGUGACUCAUCUAAUUGGGAAUGAAUCAGAUUUGAUUUUUAAUAAAUUUGUUGAACAAAAUGGAUCAAUUUAUGUUUGUGGUGAUGCUAAAAAUAUGUUUAAAGAUGUCCAAGAAGCACUUUUGGGGUGUUUGGUGGGGAAUGGGAUGGGUUUGGAAGAAGCUGAAAGAUUUUUAGAGGGGAAGAUUAAGGAAAUGAAGUAUAUUGAAGAUAAAUGGGUGUAAAAAUUGUUUUAUUUUUGUUAAUAAAUAUCUUUAUCAAAUCUUGUUGGAGAAGCAAGUCUUUUGGCUGUCAAGGUUAUAGGUGUGAGAUUUCAUCUACUAUUAAAGCAUUAAAGAGUUUUUAUUAAUACAUAAUACUAUAUUUCCAUUUAUCAUAAAGAAUGUUACUCUUUAUUCUUUAAAAAAAUUCGGCUUUAAGGCGCCAUGGAGACAAGGUUAUGAAGAAUCAGAUACAGGUAGUAGAUGACCUCAAACGUUGACCUUUCUUUAUGAUCUUUCACAUAUGUUAGAGAGAGUUAACAAACAUUGAAGAGAGCAGAAAACGAUAAUAAAAGAAAACUUGAUAAUGAUUUUAUUGCCGCGCAUAUAUAAAUAAGUUUGAGAUAUAAUUUCGUCUUAGUUGGACGAAAAUAUUAUAGAAGUUAAGAUGUUUGUUGCCACGAUUUUUUUAAUGCUUAUUAUAACAGCAAUAAAUUCAACUUCUGCUUAUGAACCUUAUUAUUGGAAAACAUGCAAUGGAACAGUACCGGAUGAUGCUGUUUUAACUGAAGAUUCAACGAUUUUUGUAAGUCGUGUCUGCGCAGGAGGACAUCACGACCGUAUUAGUUGUUUUACAUCGACAUACAACUCAAAAGAUAUUACUUCUACAGCCAAUGUUAACGGACAUAGGUCAAUUUUUUAUAAAAAUCAUAUGAUUUUAAGUACAUCUCACCCAGAACUUUUACGAUGGGAAUACGUUAAUAUUCAAACCGUGCAAGGAGAUUUUCUAAAGAAAGUUGUAUCCGCUGGUUCUUUAGACGGAGUUGAUAGAUAUAUUGGAAAGGUUUUCCACGAAAAUCAAUGGAAAAUUUCAACGGUGAAGCCGACUGAAGGUUUAAUGAUUUGGACAAACAAAGACGGAACUGGAGUUAAUGUAACCGAUUUUCAAAUACUUGUAAUUCUUGCAAAGGCAGAACCAAGUUAUGUUCAAGUACAGCAACAAAGUGAAAAUGAAUGUAUGAUGUGUCAGUGUUCACGAAAGUGCUAAAAAUUAUUGUAAUAAAUAAAUAAAACGCUCAAAAUAAUAA